AUGUCAAACGCCAUGCAAGUAGAUGGUCCUGAAAUCGAUGAAGGGCUUUACCUGCGUCAAUUAUACGUGCUUGGCAAGGAGGCUAUGCUCAAGAUGCAAUCCGCCAAUGUUCUUAUUGUCGGGUUGCGAGGUUUGGGGGUCGAGAUCGCAAAAAACGUUGCCCUUGCCGGCGUCAAGCUGUUAGAUCUCUACGACCCGGUGAAAGCCACCACGUUUGAUCUUUCCGCUCAGUUCUUCCUCUCCCCUGAAGACGUUGCUGCCGGCAAAACUAGAGCUGAAGCCACCAGACCGAAGCUUGCCGAGCUCAACUCGUACGUGCCAAUCUCAGUCGUCGACAGCUUGGAUGAAUCGGUGCUUGCCAAUUACAAGUGUAUCGUGAUAACUGAGGGCGUUGACUUGGAACAAGCGGUGAAAAUUAACCGUUUCACUCACUCACAUAACAUUGGUUUCAUCUAUGCCACCACCAGAGGCCUCUUCGGUCAAUUGUUUGUUGAUUUCGGCGAAAAGUUUACCAUCAUCGACCAAACGGGCGAGGAGCCACUCACUGGAUUAGUGUCAGACAUCGAGGCUCUGGGCACUGUGUCUACCUUAGGUGAUGAUGCAAGACACGGGUUAGAAGAUGGUGACUACGUCAAAUUCACCGAGGUUGAUGGUAUCGAGGAAUUGAACCUGGGGGAACCAUACAAAGUGGAGGUUCUCGGGCCCUACGCUUUCAAAAUCCAGCUCAAGAAUGCUGAAGCUGCCAAGUAUGUCAAGGGUGGUAUAUGGACACAAGUGAAAAUGCCUAAGGACAUCACUUUCCAGCUGUUAGAGGAACAAUUGCAAAAGCCGGACUUCGUGAUUUCAGACUUCGCCAAAUUUGACCGUCCUGGACAGUUGCACUGUGGGUUCCAAGCCCUUCAGAUGUUUUACAACAAGCACAACCAGCUUCCCAAGCUGUACAACGCUGAAGACGCUAACGAAGUUGUCGAAUUUGCUCGUCAAGUAGUCAAGCAACAAGGUCACGUUGAAGAAGUUGAUGCUAAACUUAUCGCAGAACUCGCUUAUCAAUCUACAGGUGAAAUUCCUGGCAUGUGCGCCUUCUAUGGUGGUCUCAUUGCCCAGGAAGUUCUCAAAAAUGUGUCAUCCAAGUUUGGUCCAGUGAUCCAAUGGUUAUAUUUUGAUUCGCUUGAAUCGCUCCCCGACUCAAAGGACUUCCCCCGUACCGAGGAAACCACUUCGCCCCAACAAUCUCGUUAUGACGGGCAGAUCGCCGUGUUCGGCAAGGAUUUUCAAAACAAGAUCGCCAAUCUCAAGGUGUUCCUUGUCGGGUCUGGUGCGAUUGGCUGCGAAAUGCUCAAAAAUUGGGCCAUGAUGGGUCUCGGACUGGGGUCGAAUGGGAAAAUCAUAGUUACAGACAUGGACUCUAUUGAAAAAUCUAAUUUGAACCGUCAAUUCUUAUUCCGUCCCAAGGAUGUUGGUAAGAAUAAGUCCGAGGUGGCUGCUGCUGCAGUAGCGGUUAUGAAUUCCGACUUUGAGGGAAAAAUUGAAGCGAAGCUUGACAAGGUGGGGGCCGAUACUGAGGACAUUUACACCGAUGCCUUUUGGAAGAAUAUUGAUAUUGUGACCAACGCAUUGGAUAAUGUUGAGGCACGUACCUACGUUGAUCGUCGGUGCGUAUUCUACAAGAAGCCCUUAUUGGAAUCUGGUACCUUGGGCACCAAGGGAAACACUCAGGUUGUCAUCCCGAACAUCACUGAGUCUUACUCUCUGUCGCAAGACCCCCCCGAAAAACUGAUUCCAUUAUGUACGCUUCGUUCGUUCCCCAACAAGAUUGACCACACUAUCGCAUGGGCGAAGUCGUUAUUCCAGGGCUAUUUUGCCGAUUCCCCCGAAUCUUGCAAUUUGUACUUAUCUCAGCCGAACUAUGUUGAGCAAACCUUGAAGCAAGACGCUGAUAUUAAGGGCACCUUGGAAAAUAUCGCAAGCUAUUUGAAUAGUGACCGUCGGCCGUACUCUUUUGACGAUUGUAUUCGCUGGGCACGCGAAGAAUUCGAAACCAAGUUUAAUCAUGACAUCAAGCAAUUGUUGCACAACUUUCCCAAAGAUGCUAAGACUUCCCAAGGGGCACCCUUCUGGUCGGGACCGAAGAGGGCCCCUGAUGCUCUUGAAUUUGAUGUUUCAAAUCCUGAUCACUUUCACUUUGUUGUCGCAGGCGCCAAUCUUUUGGCCUAUGUUUACGGUUUGAAGGAAACCGACCCCAGCCCUGAGCACUACGAAAAGGUCCUUGCAGAUUACACUCCCACUCCUUUUACUCCAAGGGAGGGUGUCAAGAUUGCUGCUACUGAUGCAGAAGCUGAAGAGCAAGCAAGGGCCUUAGGGGGCUUGGACGAUUCGGAGAUUCAAAAGAUUGCCCUGUCGCUUCCUGAACCAACCACUCUUGCAGGUUUCCGCUUGCUGCCCAUUGAAUUCGAGAAAGAUGAUGACACAAACCAUCACAUUGAGUUCAUUACUGCUGCUUCUAACUGCCGUGCCUUGAACUAUGGCAUUGAAACUGCUGAUGCCCACAAAACGAAGUUCAUUGCUGGUAAGAUUAUUCCAGCUAUCGCAACCACUACCGCCUUGGUUACUGGGUUGGUAUGUCUUGAGUUAUACAAGUUGGUCGCUAAUAAGAAGGAUAUCGAACAGUACAAGAACGGUUUUAUCAACUUGGCUCUUCCUUUUGUUGGGUUUUCCGAACCAAUCGCAUCAGGCAAGGGCAAGUACAACGACAAAGAAUUUGACAAAAUUUGGGACAGAUUUGAGUUACAUGGAGAUAUGACUUUGCAAGAGUUAUUGGACCACUUUGAAAACGAGGAAGGCUUGGAAAUUUCCAUGUUGUCUUACGGGAACUCAUUGUUAUACGCCCUGUUCUUCCCUCCCAAAAAAUUGAAGGAUAGAGUUAACCUUAAGUUGACCGAACUUAUCAAGGAAGUUUCAAAAAAGCCUGUUCCAGAACAUGUCAAAACUCUUGUAUUUGAAAUUUGCUGUGAUGACAAGAACGGUGAGGACGUUGAUGUGCCUUACGUUUGCGUAUCUAUUUAG